UUGAAAAAUUAAACGAGUUAAAAGCAGACGACUGUAAGUGUUACUUUAAUAGACGUUUGGUGUUAUUUAUUUGAUGAAUGUGCCGCCAUAAUAAAUCACUGAACUUGCUGUCAGCUGCUUUGUUUCAGUAGGCAAAAUAUGAAUUUAAUGUGAUAUUGUGGUUUAAAGUUAACAGUAUAUUUCUAUUAACUUAAACGGCAAAAAAAAGUUACUCGAUAGUUUAGCCAUUACUGAAAAAUUCGGUUUUUAUUUCCUAGCCAGUCAUUUUGUUCUUAAUUUUAAAAACACACAUACAGACAAAGAAAAAGAACAACUGAAUUAAAAACAAACAUUUAAAUAAUAAUAAAAAAUAAUUGUUAAUAUCCCUAUUAUAGAAUAUACAGUGUGCAUUUAUGCUCCCAAGAUUAUUUACACCACAUAAAUCGGAUUGUACUUUGAUAUGGCUCCGCCUUUUGACACACAUAUGAUCCGGUUCUGCUAGUUCUGUGCAUAAUGAACUACUGAUUUUUGACAGUUGAUCGGCUCAACUUCAUAUUUCUGUAAACUGCAUUUUAAACUUUUCUCAAAUGAAUCUUUAUGCUAAGUUGCUGUUGCUGGGCAGCAUAUGCGUUGCUUUCAUUGCGGUUCGAUGGAGUGCUCCGUCAUUUAAUAAGGAGUCCUUGAAAGGUGCCAGGGUGCUGGUGACUGGUGCCAGUACUGGCAUCGGCGAGCAGUUGGCGUACCACUAUGCCCGUUUAGGAGCCCAACUCGUUAUCACGGCGAGGAGAGGAAAUGUCCUGGAACAGGUUGUGAGCAAGUGCUUGGAAAUGGGGGCUCAAAGGGCCUUGUUCAUCCCUGCGGACAUGGCGAGCCCCUCCGAUGCUGAAAGUGUGGUGCAGUACGCCACCGAACAGCUCGGGGGUCUGGAUUACCUGGUUCUGAACCACAUCGGGCCCAGUCCGUACAGAAUGUGGGAUGGAGACGUGGAGCACACACGAUGGCUGCUAGAGGUGAAUUUUCUUAGCUAUGCACAGAUGACUCAGAAAGCUUUGCCAACCCUCGAAAAGAGUAACGGAUCAAUAGUUGUUGUUUCCUCGCUGCUAGGAAAAAUAUGUGGCCCUUUUGCUUUGCCGUAUGCCACGACUAAAUUUGCACUCAACGGUUUCUUUGGAGGCCUUCAGCAUGAGCUAGCUAUGCAAAAAAGCAAUGUGUCCAUAACCAUCUGCACACUCGGCCUGAUCGACACAGAUAGCGCAAUGGAGAAAAUCAAAGGAUACAUCAAUAUGUCCGCCUACCCUGCACAUGAAGCCGCCUGGCACAUUAUUGAAGCUGGAGCAUCUCGACAGUCUGAGGCCUUUUACCCUUGGUACACCUUCUACGCCUGUCUCUUCAGGGAUUGGUUCCCCAACUUGAGGGACCAGGCGAUUCAGAACUCCUACACAUAUAAUCCACAAGUUAAUAAGGAACCAGUUACUGGAAGCUGACAGUUUCAUGGAAAUCUGUGGAGCAGAGCAUUAGCAGUUAACGCAUGUGCUUUGGCACACCAAGCCUUGGUGCUCAUGAGGGUGAUGAGUUCUUCUCCCUGUUGUUGAAGACCAAAAAUAAAGCUUUAUAAUGAAAUAACAUUUAACCUGCUGAGAAAUAUUUUAUGAUUAAGGUGAUUUGUAGUACAUCAUCAAGAACAACCCUGCUGAAAAACAAAACAAAACAAUAGAACCCUGCCCAAAACACAAUAGAAAAUGUAAUGGAUUUAAUGGGAAUUGUAUUGGUUUUAAUGGAAACUAUAAUGGUGUCUACUGGUAUGUGAUGGAUUCUAUUGGUGGGAUGUUAAAUCCUAUUGGAAAAAUGCCCAAAACACACUACAAAAAGGAAUUUUGUAAUGGUUUUACUGGAAAAAGCUAAUGGUUCAUAUAAUGGUAUUUUAAUGGAAACCAUUGGAAUUUCUGUGAUGGUUUCUAUUGGGCUUCUAUUGUUUUGUUUUGUUUUGUAUUUUUUAGCGGGGAUAUUGCUGAUGUAAAGAUUAAAAUGUCUGUUCACAAACUUUAUGCACAUUUUUGGCAGAAGCUGUUUGUAAAGUCUGUUAAAACCAUAUGUUUCAUGUAAUCAGGACGUGAACGGAAGAUCUUUUGUUUGUGUAGACUAAACUAGCCUACUUCUCUUCUGUAACGCACUCUGAACUUACCUCAUAUUUUCUUAUCAGUUACACAAACUAUCAAUGUGUCUGAACAUAGACUCGACAAUAAA